UUUGUGCACCUAUUUUGUACAGAUCAAAUACAAGCUGUUCGGCGAGCUCUCGACUAUGUCAAGUCUAUACACACAGAAACGUGCAGGGGAGGAACAGGUCAGAAGCUGAUUCUCAACUUUGACCAUAACUCUUGGAUAGACUAUACGCAGCCAGCAACACGGACCGCAAAUUUCCUUAGUUCCAUCAUAGCACUGGAUGGUCAUCUAGACAGAUUUAAUGCCGAUGUCCGAAAUAACGUGCGAGGAAACAGUCUCAUAUAUGGCUCUGCAAUAGCUUUAGAGCCGGGAGUCAUCUCAGAUAAACAGAAAUUCUGUCCCUAUGCCUGUCGAGAUCGUGCCAACGACACAUUGGUAACCUUUGACAUUGCUAACGGAUAUGAUUACCAGACAAACUCCACAGACUGGUAUGAUCUUUUACGAACAGUGUCUACCAGGAACAUAUCGAUGGUCACUGACAAGUUUUCCUCCAAUGGUCACACAGUUCCUAAUCUCUUGAGAUAUCCUGCUGUGACUUAUGGAGAUGGCAAGUGGACGUAUCCAUACUUUGAUUGCGGCGGUGGAAAUAUUUGGAUGUCCACAUACUCGUCACCAAUCUUCUCCUUGUCCAGUGCGGACAAUCUCAGUUUUAGUGGCGUUGCUACAAUAGACAUUGAACUGACAAACCUGAACAUCAAUCAGUGUGAUCUGCAGGACGAUGACGACGUCAAAGUGUUCGACAUCUUCAGAGGUACACACAGUUGUCAGACAACUACUAGUUGUGUUGCACUAAAUGAAGGAUUCACUGCUGGGGCCUAUGUUUGUGAGUGCAAGGACGGCUUUUACUUCCCCAAUGCUUCAGCCAUCCUGAAGGCGUUUAGAGGAAGAGACAUAGAAGAAUAUUUUGAACACACAAACACGAGUUCAUCUGCAUCACAGUUUCAGUGUUUGCCAUGUUCUCGCGGCUGUGAAACAUGUAUAAGCGCAACCCCAUGCCUAUACGAUGUCAGUACCGCUGUUCAGGCGUUGACCAUCAUUAUCAUCGCUGUUAUGAUACUUGGCUGUAGUCUCAUUUCGAUUGUGACAUCCAGAAAUAAAAAGCAGCUGGUCAUUAAAACUGCAAGUCCCAUUUUCCUACAUCUGAUGUGCCUCGGGGCAGUCCUAAUGUGUAGUAGUGUGUUAGUUAUGUUUGGUGAAGCCACAAGUUUGACAUGUACACUACAGAUCUGGCCCUUUCAUGUGGGGUUUACUGUCAUGUACGGAGCACUCUUAAUCAAGACUUGGAGAAUUUCCGAGAUCUUCAGAUCUGGAGGAGCCAGAAAACGUGUUAACUUGCCAGACAAAGCACUGCUACAACGCAUGCUGCCGCUGGUAGUAUGUGUGAUCAUCUACCUGGCCAUAUGGACAGGCAUAGAUCCUCCAGUAGUCGUUACAGAAAAAACAUCUUCAAAUCUGAAGUUUUUCACUUGUAGCAUGUCUUGGUGGACAUAUGUCAUGUAUAGCUUGGAAGCACUACUGCUACUGGCCGGAGUGUACCUCUGCUUCACCGUCAGAAAGGCCCCUGCUCAUUUUAACGAGAGCAAGUUUAUUACAUGGGCUACCUACAAUGCAAUUAUCUUGGGCAGUUUCGUCAUCAUGCUGACUCGCCUUGUGGGUUUGUCAGCGGGUCCAGAUAUAGUGUACAUUUUGAUGAUGGCCCAGCAGCAAGUAUUUGUCACGAUAACAAUGGCACUUAUUUUCACCCCUAAGUUUUGGACAUUAUACAAGGGUGUGAGUGGCGACAGUGUGAUGUAUUCGAAUCAUGUGAUGACGAUAACAGGCAGAAUAAAGCCAACAUUAGCUCCUGUUUCUCCGGUCUAUGGCGGUAGCCUGACAGUGUACAAAUCUGUGGGUGUUCAGUGUCAACCAGAGGACUGUCUUUGGAGCUCAACCUUUCAG